CGUCGAAAUGGUUUUUGUGGUACUGGCUACCCUAACAGCACUGCUAUGGUUUGUUUCAUCCUAUUGAUCUCUCAAAAAUGGCUAACAAUCGCGCUUAGGAUGUGUUACCGUGCAUCCUCCUUGUUCAAAAUCCCCAUUCCGGCCCUGGUUAAGCUGCUUGGACUUGACCUCCCUGACCCUCCGCGGGUGUCUUUACAUGGGAUCGCGGCGGACACGAUCACGCUUCACUGGUCCUUACCCGAGAAGGCUGGGUCUGUGGCGAAACAUAUCAUUCAGAUCAAUGGGAUAAACGGUAAGGCUAUAAGCCAUCGCUGCCAAAUAUCGAUCGGAUAGGGCUGACUAGGGUUCUCCCAGUUGGUGAGAGCGAGAAACGGGGGGAAACAAGCGUUACGGUUACCGGGCUAAAUGCAGAUCAUCUUUACAAUGUCCGAGUUAUUGCUGCGAAUUCUCAGAAUUUCCAGGCUCCGGGUCAGCUGAUCCGUCUAAGGACCCGUCGGAAAUCACAGGCUUCAAACGAGGGCGCACCGCUUGCAACUGGGCGUGAUCCAAGCGACGAUUUGCCAGCGAUCCACGGCCUACCACCGGCCCCGGAACCUCAGCCACCGCAUCAUCAUCAUCACCACAGCGCUGGCAACAACAACAACAACAGCAGCAGCAAUGCUGGUAAUCAUAGGAGGACUGCAAAGGAAAGGAAGGGUUCACCUGCCUCACUGGGACAGCAGGGCCAGCCGGAAUCCCCAGCUGAAGAACAACAUACUGUUGAAUCACUCACGGCUUCGUUGGAGAUUGUGAGACAGGAGGUUGCUGAAACGGACGCUCAAUUGGUGCACACAGAGGAGGAAUUCAAGGCGGCAGAGGCGGUAUUACGCGCUGAAUUGGAUCUCUUGAAGGAGAAGAAGAAUGAAGAGGACUUGGGGAGGCAGAAAUUGCGUGCGGAGACGAGGGCGUUAGAGGAGGGAAAGCGUGCUUCUGAGGCAACUCGGUCGAAGACGGAGAGGGCUUUGAAGAGCAAAGAGGAUGAGAUCAAGAAAAUGAGAAACGACUCUCUGCGAUGGGAUGAGGAACGUGUUGCUGCGUUACGGAGGGUCAAGGAGCUAUCCAAGGCUGCGGAAGAAUCUAGGGAGCAUGCGCAGAUUACAGAACGGGAACUCCAGGAGAAGAUGAAGGAGACACAGAAAGCUAUCCUUGAGAUGGAAGAGGAGAUAAGGACUCAUGUUGGAAAUAUCAAGGCCCUAGAGGCGCAGAGAGAGCUAUGGAAAGCGGAAGAGGAAGCCCAGAGCAAGAAGAUGGCUGAGGAUGAGCAGAAGGAGAUAAUGUGGAAGGAGCGUCAAAGACACUUGGAGGUGCGCUACAUUACUGUCUAUAAUGCAUAUCAAGUGGUUAGUUUGUUUAGCCCCGAGUGAUAUACUUACGAGUGAUGUUAACCGGGCAUAGGCCGAAAUCGAUUAUAUGCGGUCUAGAGAGGCACUGUUAAGCUCCCAAAGUCGGCGAGGGAGUGCUGGGACAGACCCCAUCGUCCUUCCUGCAAAAAAGGUCAAGCAGCGGCGAAAUCGUAACCGCAAGUCUCGCGCUCAGACUAUCUCUAGUCCCACGGGCUUCGUGGCUCCACAAGACGCUCGUUUCCCAGACAUUUCUGCUGGUAGCAUGUCCGUCGGUCAGACAAGUGUCCCAUUCUCUGGCAGCAUGAAUCCUAGCCCUUUCUUCAACAUUGCAAACGGGACUAUGGGGGCUGCAACGGAAUCCCCUGUGCCGGCCCUCAAGGCUUCGUUUCCCGUGGGUCUUGAUAGAAUGGGCGGAGGUGCGCCUAUGAGUCCUACUGCAAAUUCGCUGCUGCCGUCCAACCUAUUUGCAUUCGAGGACUCUCCACCCAGUCCUAAAGGCAGUGCUUCAUUCCUUGAAGAUGGCCAAUCUCGGCAUUCUGGUGCCGACCCGCUUGGCUUCAUUGCUUCUCAAUCACCCAUGUCGUCGGGCUCGGUAUCCACUUCCCACGUUUCAUCUCCCCGAAGUAGUUUUCACCACAUCCCCAUGUUUCCAAACAUGUCUUCGGAUGGUAGCCCGGGUGGCGCUGAGCAUGACAAUAGCAUAUCACUUCUUGGUAGUGGGCUGGGCCAGCUGGGCCCGAGUGAAGAAGGGAGCAUUUCAGGUGGCCGACGUUUCGUCAAGUUGUUCUCCGGAGGGUUCAACCGCCAACGCGGCAAGACUAUUCCGCUAGACAGUGGGCCACUACUUGGGUCGUUGAAACCGAACGAAUCCCAUUCAUUCCCGAAGAGUCCACAUCCACCUGGCCUGGAUCCGAUUGGCACAAGAAGACGCAGUGGUUCUUACGGAGGCUGGACGGCGGGCCUGGAAUUCCUCCACGGCGGACGUAAGAAGCCCCUCGAGAGGGCCGACAGUAGCAGUAGCCGGCGCUCCGGUUUCAACCACUUCAGUCCCAGCUUCGAUCCCAUAGAGCCCGGCAAGCUCUUUGACACCACCGUAUCACCCCGCCCUUCCUCGAUCGCCUCCUUCGAUAACCUCCUUCCUGCACCAUCCUCUGACGUCUCUGCGGCUUUCGGCUGGCCCGCUGCGCCGCCAGCCAUUGAGCAACCUCGGAACCGCGUGAGCCUACUAGGGGGCCGCUGGUCCGACUUUUCAUCCAGUCGGCCAAGCCCGGGCCGGCCCGUCUCGCCCAACGCAAGCACAACAACAACAACCGGCCUCUCACUCUCCCACCUGCCCUACCAGUCCGCGCGUCCGGCGACUCCAAGACUGAACCCCGCGGCGCCAACCUUUGAAGCCCCUGCGGCGCUAAAAGAGGAGAAUGCAUCUUCCGCCAUAUCCAUCAAUACGGAUACAUCCAAUACCUCGAACGUAUCUGACACACCAAAGGACUCACUGCUGUCCAGAUUCUCAGCGCUUAGCAAGAAGGGCAGCACAAGCAAAUUCAACAUCUCGUCCGCAUGGAAAAAGGACGGGGGCUUCUUUUCCUGGAAGAACAAAGACAGCGACGUUGAGGAUGGUGAGGAAGGUCUCGUUACGAGCACCAUGUCCACUCCACUCAUUGGCAGUGCGGGUGGUGGUGGCGGUGGGAUAGGCGGCGUGUCCCCCCUGCCGUGGAAAGACAAGUCCGGUUUCUUUGGACGCGGGAAGAAGAACGAGGACGACGACGAGGAGGAGUUGAAGAGCGGAAGUGGCAGCGGAAGCGGCUUCUUUGGAACCAUCGGGAGGAGGAAGGUUGAUAAGGAGGAUGAGAGUAGCGCUAUUGGCGAGAAGGAGAAGGAGAAGGAGAAGAGGGAAGGAUUGCAGGGGAUUUUUGGGAGGAAGAAGGAGAAGGAAAGUGGUGAUGAGAAUUGA